UCUGCCAUGGAGAUGGAGGUAAAAAGAGGGGUGAUAUUUUCAGACUCCUAUAUAAAUAGUUCAACUCAGGAAAACUUCUCUACACUUCUUCAGUUGCCUGAAUCGUUCAACAAAACUUUCCUCAGUGAAAAUGGGUAAAUCAUCGCUACAUAUCGCAAUGUACCCUUGGUUUGCUAUUGGCCACCUCACCCCAUAUCUCUACCUUUCCAACAAACUUGCCCAGAAAGGCCAUACAAUCUCCUUCAUCAUCCCCACCAAAACACAAGCAAAGCUGCAACAUUUGAAUCUCUACCCGGAACACAUAACCUUUGUCCCCAUCACUCUUCCUCAUGUUGAUGGCCUCCCUCCCGACGCUGAGACCACUUCAGAUGUUCCAUCCACUUUAUAUCCACUUCUAAUCACUGGCAUGGACCGGACUGAGACUCAUAUUGAACAUCUUCUCCGAGACCUUAAACCAGACAUUGUCUUCUAUGAUUUUGCUUCUUGGGUGCCAAAAUUGACACGAAAAUUAGGCAUCAAGUCAAUUCAUUACUGCGUUAUCAGUACAGCUACAGUAGGUUACAUUAGGGCCCCUGCAAGGCAACGCGGUGAGGCUGACUUUUUGCACCCCCCGUCUGGUUUCCCAAUACCCUCCAUCGCGCUCCAUGCCCACGAAGCUCGAAUCUUUUCUGGAGGAGCAAAGGCGAAGUUUGGAAGGGAUAUCAUGUUUCUUGAUCAGGCUGAGGCGCUGGGAUUCUGGACAUGUAGAGAAACUGAGGGGCCUUGUAUUGACUAUAUUGAGAGCCAGUUUCAGAAACCCGUGCUUGUUUCAGGCCCAAUUAUAGUGCACCCACCAGCAGCCUCUAGUUUAGAAGAAAAAUGGGUUCAAUGGCUUGGAGGUUUCAAGGCCGGCUCUGUAAUUUACUGUGCAUUGGGAAGUCAGAUCAAGUUAAGGAAAGACCAAUUUCAGGAACUGGUUUUGGGUCUUGAGCUUUGCGGUUCACCGCUUCUCGCAGCACUUAAACCACCCUUUGGGGCUGAGUCUGUUGAAGCGGCGCUCCCGGAAGGGUUCGAAGAACGGAUGAAAGGAAAAGGAAUGGUAGAUGGUGGAUGGGUUCAACAAAGAUUGAUUUUAGGCCACCCAUCAAUUGGGUGCUUUGUCACACACUGUGGCUCAGGUUCUUUGUUGGAAGCACUGAGGAGUGAGUGUCAGCUGGUAAUGUUACCACAGAUACCUGAUCAAAUUAUCAAUGCGAGGAUGAUGGCCAACAAUUGGAAGGUUGGGGUAGAAAUUGAGAAAGGGGAAGAAGAUGGCUUGUUCACCAAGGGAAGCGUCUGCAAGGCUGUGAGGGCUGUGAUGGAAGUUGAUAGUGAGGUUGGGAGGCUGGUCAGAGCCAAUCACUCUAAACUAAGAGAUGUCUUGCUCAACGAAGAUAUACAAUCAUCAUAUAUUGACAGUUUCAGCCAGAAGCUUCAAGAUUUGGUUGGAUAAUUUCUCAAUACGUAUGUAUGGCGAUGUCGGGGCAAAUUAACAUCUCGAUUUGCUGCAAUUAAUAAGCCUCUUAGUUUAAUGUACUACUAUUGUAAUUGCAAUGCACCUUCAUCUUCACUCAAAGUUGAAGAGUUUAAAGUUGUUUAAUGUGAUUUGUUUUUUUGUGUUGUUAGUUUUU